AUGAGCGGUCGCGUAGGCACGGCCGCCUCGGACGCUUUAGUGACAACCACUGCGACUGCUGCGACUGCUGCGACUUGCCGCGGCUUCCGCGUCGAGAGCGGCAAGUUCGGCCUGCAGUUCGCCAUCCUCUACCUGCUGACGGAGUGCUGCCAGUCGACUUUCACGUUGCGUCUCGCGUUCAGCGAGCUCCUGCUCGUGCUCAAGACGUCGGCGCAGGGCGAGGGCCUCUACGGCGGCCUUUUGAGCCUUAAUUGUGGACGACGAGCG